UAUUAACUAUUUUGUUCCAUCAUCUCUCCUUCAACACAUCAUUUCUUCCUCCUUUCAGCCUAUUGUUUCCAUCAAAGCAUGGAUCACUGGAGCAAGUCAUGGUUCCUGCCACUUUUUUUCCUCAUUCAUUUCUCCUUCGGUUCCCGUUUCUCCAAAGCAGCUGAUACCCUCUAUCCAGGUCAGUCUCUCUCUGGGAACCAGACCAUCGUCUCUCAAGGUGGCAUCUUCGAACUGGGUUUCUUCACACCAGGUAACAUCUCUAAAAAUUUCUACAUAGGCAUAUGGUAUAAACAAAUCCCAGUUAGAGCGGUAGUUUGGAUAGCAAACAGAGACCAUCCAAUAUCUGAAACCGGUGCAUCAGAACUUAAAAUCUCAGAAGAUGGCAAUCUAGUCCUUACCCAAUCUAAAAUCCAAGUCUGGUCAUCAAAUGUAACCACUACCACCUCGAGUUCCACGGUUGCGGUGCUUCUUGACACUGGCAACUUGGUUUUAAGGAACAGUUCGAACUCCUCUGCUGCGUUGUGGCAGAGUUUUGAUCACCCAACUGAUACAUGGCUGCCUAACCAGAAGCUUGGUCUGAACAGAAUCACUGGAAAAAACCAGCUCGUUACUUCAUGGAGAAACUUGGAGGAUCCUUCAACUGGCCUUUUCUCCGAAGGCAUAGACCCAAAGGGAACUGACCAAUAUUUUCUAUGGCGAAAUGGUACCGAAUAUUGGACUACUGGGCUUUGGAAUGGCAAGAUAUUUGCCAACAUUCCUGAUAUGAGUUCAGGCAAUUACCUGAGCUAUGUCCAUGUUUCUAAUGAAAGGGAGAACUAUUUCACAUACACCUUUAGAGAUACCUCUACUAUAUCAAGACUCGUCAUGGAUGUAACAGGGCAAGCAAAGAUCCUGAAGUGGAUCGAGAGUUCUCAGAAAUGGUUAUGGGUUUGUCUAUUACCCAGUGAUCCAUGCUCGGUUCCAUCUCUGUGUGGGGCUUUUGGCAGCUGCAGUUUAGAAACAGUGCCUUUCUGUAGUUGUUUAGAAGGUUUCAAACCACAAUCCUCAACAGAUUGGAAUUUGAGUGAUUGGAGUGGUGGCUGUGUAAGGAGAACCCCUCUGCAGUGUUUCAAUAGCUCUGUGAACACAGAAAAAGAUGUGUUUUUGACGAUAUCGGAUGUGCACUUACCGACCAAUUCACAAAAUUUGGAGGUUGGGACUGCAGAAGAAUGUGAAUCAGCUUGCUUAAAAAGUUGUUUUUGCACUGCUUACUCAUACAGCAGUACGUGUUUGAUAUGGAAUGGGGAUCUCUAUGAUCUUAAGAAACUUUCUAAUGGUCCAAGCAAUAGAGACUCUGGAGUCCUUUAUCUUCGCCUUGCAGCAUCUGAUCUUCCAAGCAAACACGGUCAAACAGUUCAUAGAAGCAUAAUGAUCAUUAUUGGAGCAGUUGCUGGAUCUGCUUUUUGUUUACUUGCUGCUGUUGCACUGAUAUGGAAAUUUCAAUCUAGGCAUCCAAUUGGUUUAUCAGAAGAGAUCAAGGGUUCAUUGGUGCUAUUUAGGUACAAGAAUUUAGUGAAGGCGACCAACAACUUCUCCGAAAAGCUAGGAGCUGGCAGUUUCGGAACUGUCUAUAAAGGAACAUUGUGCGAUUCAACUUUAGUAGCAGUGAAGAGACUUGGAAGAACUGGACAAGGAGAGAAGCAGUUCCGAGCUGAAGUGAGCACAAUUGGGCAGGUCAGGCAUGUUAAUCUUGUUGGCCUUCGUGGAUUCUGUUUCGAAGGUUCUGAAAGAUUGCUAGUUUAUGAUUACAUGCCAAAUGGUUCAUUGGGCUCUCAAUUGUUUCAGAAAAAAUCCAAGAUUUUAGACUGGACUACAAGAUUUCAGAUUGCACUUGGGACAGCUAGGGGAUUGGCUUACCUUCAUGGGCACUGCAGAGACUGCAUAAUACACUGCGACAUCAAGCCUGAGAACAUACUUCUAGACUCAGAAUUCUCCCCUAAAGUAGCCGACUUUGGCAUGGCAAAGCUAAUUGGCAGGGAAUUCAGCAGAGUUCUGACAACUAUGAGAGGAACCCUGGGCUACCUUGCACCUGAAUGGAUUUCUGGAUUGGCCAUCACCCCAAAGGCUGAUGUUUAUAGCUAUGGUAUGAUGCUUCUUGAAAUUAUAUCAGGCAGGAGAAAUGCAGAGGUAUCUGAGGAUGGAGAUAUUUCUUUUUUCCCUCUUUGGGCUGCCAGCAAAGUUAAGGAAGACAAAAUUCUUAGUUUAUUAGAUUACAGGUUAGAGGGUAAAGCUAAUGUGGAUGAACUGAGGAGAGCUUGUAGGGUUGCUGUUUGGUGUAUCCAAGGUGAAGAGAGUCACAGGCCAACAAUGAGUUUGGUUGUUCAAAUCCUAGAAGGAGUUUCAGAGGUCAAUAUGCCACCAAUUCCAAAGCAACUUUAUAGCCUUGUGGAGAAUCAAGAGGAUAUGCUUUCUUCUACAGCAACUUUUGGUGGGCAGACUUAAUGCCCCACCAGUUAAGUAAAUCCAUUAAGAUCUGCUGCCACAUGUAAGCUUUAGUUAAUUUCUUGAGCUGCUCUGUAGUAUUCGCAGCUAUUUGUCUUAAAUUUAUUUUAAAAAAUAUAUAUAUAAAAGAAUAAAACAAAGAUAGUUG